AUGGAAUCGUUCCGAGUCCGGAAUGCAGAUCCCAACCGUCAACGGAAAUUGUUACUGGCUCUCUCGUUAGGCGCAUCGUCCGUGACUCUUCUCCACAUUCUUGACCAUUUGCUCGAGACCCAAACGAACAAAACUGGCCGGACUGGAUUUGGACUCAAUGUGGUUUUCGUUGAGACUGAAGACCACACUUCUCACCAGGAUUUGCUUGCAAAAGUUCGGCAAGCGUACCCAAAGUAUGACAUAGCAUCACUGCCACUCCAAGAUGUCUUCCGAUUGGUACAAGAGGCCACCGAUAGUCUGUCAGAUCUACUACCAACCGCCACUGUUGGAGAAGAAGUACCUCCAGCGCACAAACUUGCACGUUUGUUUAGCUCGCUUACCUCUGCAACUGCUCGCGCAGACGUCCUCACCACGCUUAGGACGAGGCUCGUUGUAGAAUACGCAAAGUCGUCCGGUUGCGAGGGCGUACUCUGGGGUGACAGCACAACAAAACUUGCCGAGAAGACCCUAACCGAGACAGCCAAAGGACGCGGGUUUGCUCUCCCAUGGCACGUAGCAGACGGCGAGUCCCCCUUCGGUCUGACCUUCAACUACCCUCUUCGAGAUCUCCUCAAGAAGGAACUCGUCGCCUACGUGGAUAUAAUCGGGCGCCCUCUUCCAUCAUUGGUGCUUGAAUCCGCGCCGACACAAGCUUCUAUGAACUCGAAGAACACUACCAUCGAUGACCUUAUGAAGCAAUACUUCGAGUCGGUCGAGGAGAACUUUCCCAGCAUCGUUUCAAAUGUUGUCAGAACGACUGGGAAGUUGGCAGCGACGCCCACCUCGACUAAAACAUACAAAUGCGAUCUCUGCAACAAGACAACCCCAGUGCAGCAGCGACUCGCCGUCAAAGGGCCAAAUGCUGUCUCUGUCGGUUGGAAUACCUACCAAAAGCUUGACCAGCCAUGCGUUCAGUACGGAACUUCAAACACUACCUUGUCGUUCAAGCAGUGCUCCACCAGCUCAGUCACAUACCCGACGUCACGCACAUACUCCAACGCUGUGACUCUUACGGGCCUCACGCCAGCUACCACUUAUUACUACAAGAUCGUGUCAACAAACUCGUCUGUAGAGCACUUCCUUAGUCCACGGGUGCCCGGUGACAAGACGCCCUUCUCCAUAAACGCCAUCAUAGAUCUUGGCGUGUAUGGUGCAGACGGAUUCACUAUUCAAGGAGAUCAGACGAAGCGAGAUAUCAUCCCAACUAUUGAUCCAUCGCUCAACCACACUACUAUUGAUCGUCUUGCGCGGACGGUUGACGACUAUGAGUUCAUUAUUCAUCCGGGUGACCUUGCAUAUGCCGACGAUUGGUUCGAGAAGCCCAAGAAUCUUCUUGACGGGAAGAACGCAUAUGAGGCCAUCUUAGAGCAAUUCUACACCCAACUUGCCCCAAUCGCCGGCCGUAAGCUAUACAUGGCCAGCCCAGGAAAUCACGAAGUUGCUUGCCAGGAAAUACCUGUGCUUACUCUUGCCUGCCCAGAGGGCCAAAAGAACUUCACGGACUUCAUGAACCGCUUCGGACAGACCAUGCCCGUGUCUUUCGCUUCGACUUCCGCCAACGAGACGGCCAAGGUAAACGCCAACAAAGCCGCAGCCCUCGCAAAGCCACCGUUCUGGUAUUCCUUUGAGUAUGGAAUGGUCCACGUCGCAAUGAUCGACACCGAAACCGAUUUUGCCAACGCGCCCGACCAGCUCGGCGGCUCCUCAGGCUACCUGGACGCUGCGCGCUUCGGCACCACAAACCAACAGCUCGACUGGCUCGCUGCGGACCUCGCGUCCGUCGACCGCACCGUCACUCCCUGGGUCAUCGUCGGCGGGCAUCGCCCUUGGUAUACGACGAAAGGCAGCUCUCCCUGUGACGCUUGCCAGAAGGCCUUUGAGCCCCUGCUCUACAAGUAUGGCGUCGACCUCGCCAUUUUCGGCCACGUGCACAACUCACAGCGCUUCCUGCCCGUCAACAACAGCGUCGCAGAUCCUGCAGGCCUGAACAAUCCCAAGGCGCCGGUGUACAUUGUUGCUGGUGGUGCGGGCAACAUCGAGGGGCUGUCAAGUGUGGGCGGCAAUUAUACUACUAAUGUGUUUGCAUAUGCAGAUGAUUUCAGCUACGCGAGCGUGUCGUUCCAGGAUGCGAAUAAACUGAAGGUGGAGUUCAUUAGGAGUAGCACGGGCGAUGUGUUGGAUUCGAGCGUGCUUUUCAAGAAGCAUGAUCAGCAAUUUGUCGUGCAAUAG